UGUUUUAUGGAUUCCAAACACAGAACUAUCUUGUAAAGCACGUCUCUAGUUCGAAUUUGUAUUUAUAAAAUUCAAUAAUUAAUAUGCCACCUCACGGUAACUGUAGUGGUGACAAAGAUCAUCACCACGAUCAUGAAGAAUCUAAUGAGAUAGGAAUUCAAUACAGUUUGUAUAACAAAAUCAAUAAAAAUAAUUUGGAGUGCCUUAAUGAAGCUGUUGAAGGCUCUGGUCAAACUGUCUUUAAACCAUGGGAAGACCGUUUUAACUCUGAUGCUUUUGUGGAAUCAGAUGCUGAUGAGGAACUGCUGUUCAAUAUACCUUUUACUGGAAAUGUUAAACUGAAAGGUAUUAAAGUUAUCGGGGAAGAUGCUGACAAUCAUCCUUCAAAAAUGAGGCUGUUUAAGAAUAGACCGUCAGCAACUUUCGAUGAUGUAAGCGCAGUAGCAGAUCAAGAGUUUGAAUUAGUUAAAGAUCCGACUGGAACUGCAGAAUACAAUACAAAGGUCGUUACUUUCAAUAAUGUGCAUCACCUAACCAUACAUUUUCCGUCUAAUUUCGGAGAUGAAACUACCAAGAUAUAUUAUAUUGGCCUCAAAGGAGAAUUUAGUGAGGCUCAUCGCCAUGGCGUAACAAUUUGUACCUACGAAUCAAGACCAAUGCCCACAGAUCACAAGAAUCCUCUGAGUGAUAUGGCACAGUCACGCCUGGGACAGUAAAACAUAUUUAUUAUUUUAUUUUAUUAUGGAUGGCUUCAAAUAAAUUAUUUCUUAAAAUAAAUGUUUCAAUUUCA